CGAAUUACAAACGUAACGCCACUUACAUCAUAAAUACAUCAUGAUUUCGACUCGACGACCGUGCGCUGUGCAUUCUCGUGCAUUUAGCUGUUUUACGGGGGACGUGGGUUCUCUCAUAUCCCCGUGAGCGUCUCGCGAUUAGCUGCUGCUCGCGGCUCGUGCUCGAUGCGGCGAUCGCAUCCGUCAUCCGUUCAUGUCCCGCACCCGUUGCGUUUCGGCAACUGCGUCACGCUGCACCCGUGAACGACCAAUGCGACCGAUGGACGUUCGAACCGGUGUACAGUUUUGAUUGGCCAACUUGGCAAUCGACGACAGUUCGAGAGUUCUGAGACUUGCUCAGCAGAAUGUUCUUCAAACGGGCGAGACGGUUGAUUGUUCUGGAAAGUGAUGCACAAAGUGAUAUCUGUCUAAAGUUUAUCUAGAAAAAUUGACUCUGCAGAAGUGUGUAAGGACAUAUCGCUCGAUCAGUUCUGAUAUCCAUAAGAAUGGAUGAUCUGCUAAAAGAGCUAGAGGCUCUAAAGAUUAGAGGUGAUUUCUGUGAGGAUAAUUCCUCGUGGGUGCCAUGCAUAGACCUUAUUCAAAGGAGUUUUGCUCCCCAAAGAACGGUCGGUGUAGAGCGUCCGUGUGAGGAAAAGGAUUUUAGGGAGUACAGACUCGUCGUGGAGAGAAACCUUCGUAAUGUCAGAUCUAUGCUGCAAUAUAUCUGCAGCAGUUGCAGAGAGAAGCGCUUGCAGACGAACUAUUACACGGGAAUGGCCAAAACGUUUAGCUUGAAUCUAGUGUUGCUCAUCGGAGAGCACAGUGAGAAGAAUGUCUGGAACACAGCCGAGUGUGUCACUAUUUCCAAAGAGUUACUCGCUACUUUCUGUGACUUGUACACUUGUGAGAGAAUUUCUCAAUUUUUAUUGGAUAAAGAAAAUUUAUCCGACUUGUUGUUGAUGUUAAGACCAAAAUUAUUAAAGGAUACUUGGAAAACUUAUCCAUCAGCUGUAGCAUGUUAUAAAUGGAUUUUACAAGUGGCAGAAACUCCAAUCUUAUUUAAUUAUAUUGGAGACGUUUUGCCCACUGCACUAAUUAUUCUCGAUGACUAUUUCCCUGAUAAUGUAUUAAUAGGCUUAGAAUGUAUUCACCUAAUUGUACUGCAUUCUCAUAUGAAAAAAGGACUGGUAGAUUCUGGAUAUGCCAAAUUAAUUUAUCACGCUUUGGAACUAUUGACUCAUCAAAAGGAAGCAAGAUACAUUAUUCCUUUGUAUUACUGUAUGGCCAGUCUUUUAGCUACUAUGGAACAUUGGAAUAAUACUAAUUUAUUUGAGUGGACAACACGUGAUGAAGUUCUCUCUACCUUGAUACAAAAUAUGGAACUUGAGCAGAAUAUUGAAUUACGGCGUGCAUACAUGUUGAGUUUACCUCAACUCAUUACAAAUAUAGGCUGUGCCAAAUGGUGUGGAGUGCUCGUUCGCAUACUUGCUGAAUACUGUGAACAUCAUACGGAUUUGAGGACGUUGAAGGCGACAUUGGAAAUGGCAAAAACGUUCCUCUUGAUGUUUCGUUUGCGAAUAGCUGCACACUGCACCCCGCUUUAUACUAUAUUUUUAAAGUUGCAUUUUGAUCUGACGGAGACGCCGGUAUUCGAUGGGGAAAUUAUGCAGAAUUUGGAAGAUUGCAUUUGUAUGCUGUACCAACUGUCGCCGAAUGUAGGCUGUAUGGUAAUUAAUGACGACCGAAUGCGUUCGGUACUCACUAGAAGUUUGCCAGUUGUAUGCCAGGGUGGUGAUAUCAAGUAUUUCGAAUAAUUUACGAAACAUACGUUACAAUCGCGUAUUUGUAUAUACAGUGUACUCUAUAUAAUGUGUGAAAAUGUGCUGAUAGAAAUAUUAUAUUCUCAUGUAAACCUCUAUAAUACAGAGAUAAAAGCGAAACGUAAAUAGGUACUUAGAUAUUUUAUUUGUGAUUUAAAAACAUCAAUAUAUCAUUGUUUGUAAAGUAAACAUUUCUGUUAGAAUAUAUUUUAUUAUUCAUUCUUUGUGAUACGCAAGUGCAAAAAAAUAAAACUUCUUUGAGAUCGUUGCACGCAUAUGCAACUUUUAAUUGAUCGAUUAUAUAAUUUGUGACUAGUAAUGAAAUAAUUGUUGAGUAAUCAUUAUGUAAUAGCUGAAGAAUUGUAUAGAAUAAUGCUGCAAUUCCUCAUGUAAAAUUUAAUAUAUUAAAUAUUUUGAAUUGCAUAAUUGGUUUAUGCAAUAUUGUUUUUUACAUUUUACGCUUUUUUUUCUUUGAAUCAAAACACGUUAUUUCUUUCAAUUGGAACUACUAAAAGUAACAGAAUCGAUCAAUUUAGUUGUACCUGUGUACAAAUCUCAGAUCUCAGUUGCUUUACUGUUUGAUAGGUACGAUUAAUAAAAUAAUUUGAAAAUUG